AAGAGAGAGGGGAUCUACUGAAGAGAAGUGAUCUACUGAGGAGAGAGGGGGAUCUACUGAAGGGUGUUUCUUCUGGAUCCAUUGAAGCCACUGAGCAUCUUUCUGGUUUCCCACACUGUGUGUGUGUGUCUGUGUGUCCCAGUAAGCUGGGAGGAUGCCGGAGCUUGAGGACUUUCCCCCUCAGCAGGGGCCCCAGCAGGGGGCCGACCCGGCCCGGAUCCAGCGCAGCGUCCUUGACGAGCAGGUGGAGCUGUGGUGGUUCCGCGAACCGGGCAAGUCUCUGCUGUGCUACUCCGUGUCAGUGCUACUGAUCCUGGGCUGCGGCCUGGGAGGCGUGGGCCUCCUCUCCACCACCACCAGCGUGUCCAGCGAGUGGCGUCUGGGCGCCGGCACGGCCCUGUGUCUGCUGGCACUGGCCGUGCUGCUCAAGCAGCUGCUCAGCUCGGCCGUGCAGGACAUGAACUGCAUCCGCAGCCGGCGGCGGAUCGACGUGCUGAAGAGCGGCGGUCUGUCGGACCUCCUGGUGGUGCUGGGCGCGGGACUGGCCCUCGUCCUCUGCGGGGCGGUGCUUCUGAAGCUGGCCCUGGCCAAUCACAUGCCCAAGCCGGGCCAGGCCCUCAACGACAUGUACGUCUCCGGGGUGGUGAUGCUGGUGGGCGGGGGGGCGGCAGUGGCGGGGGCGGGGGUGUAUGCGCUGGUGGUGUUCCUGCUGGAGGGGAGCAGGCCUGGGCGGAGGCCUGGGCGGAGGCUGAGAGACAGGAUGGUUGGGGUCUUCACCAUCUCGGGUCACAUGAACCACCGCGCCCGAAGAGAGACCACCUCCAGCCUGGCCAACCUCAUAUGAGGCCCUGGAGAGAGACCACCUCCAGUCUGGGCAACCUCAUAUGAGGCCCUGGAGAGAGACCACCUCCAGUCUGGCCAACCUCAUGAGGCCCUGGAGAGAGACCACCUCCAGCCUGGCCAACCUUAUAUGAGGCCCUGGAGAGAGACCACCUCCAGCCUGGCCACCUCAUAUGAGGCCCUGGAGAGAGACCACCUCCAGUCUGGCCACCUCAUGAGGCCCUGGAGAGAGACUACCUCCAGUCUGGCCACCUCAUGAGGCCCUGGAGAGAGACCACCUCCAGCCUGCCCAACCUCAUAUGAGGCCCUGGAGAGAGACCACCUCCAAUCUGGCCACCUCAUGAGGCGUUAACCAACACGCACGCUCCAUGCCAAGUAUCACCUUGGACGUCAAUUGGAGAGUUUAGCUGCUUGAUCAUAAAGCCACAUGGUACUAAAUCUCUUGGGAAGAUGUCUGUGGCACUGAAAACGCUGAUGAGCCAACGAGAGGAGGAGAGGAGACUCUGAUCUACUCGUUCUAUUUCUACAGUUCAAACGUGGGGCUCACGGUAUAUGGAUGCACUGUGAUUUCUGCCACUACUGGAUAAACUGAACUAGGGAGAUCCACUGUGCAGACACUAGCAGGCAUGAACCAUCAGAUGACCGUUGCCCUGCUAUCACCAGACACACAGCAGUAUGGAAUGUAUGUCCACGUAGACUGUCCUCUAUGGAGCGAUUAAACCAUCAAAUGAUGUGACUUGAAUCAUUCACAAUUGUACCCCCCUUGACCAAACUAAAUGAGUACCUGUCGAUCUAAUGACACCCGUCUUUGUCAUGCUUUCACAUCCUGUUCCUCAGCACGGCUGAACUCUCCUACUGUAGAGGUUGUUGGGUUUUCAUUCUUUGUCAGUGCAGGUCGCACUGCGUUGUGGUUUUUUAUGACUGCCAUGUGACUUCACAUUCAGCAGAGCUGACCUGCCCUCCACCAGCGUUCACUGAAUAUAAUCAAGAAUCCCAAGAGAAGGAUAUGGCAUUGUUGCCAUGGUUCUUAAUAGUAUGUGUUUGUGUAAGCGUGUGUCACACCUUAUCAGGGCUAGGCAUAUGAGAAGCUGGACAAACGGGUCACACAGUCAACCAUUGUGGCUCGAUGACGGACAGUCCCGCCGUGGAACAAUGGACCACACACACACACGCAGUCUGGAGCUGGCAUUGCUCUGUACCAAACACACACACACACACAAGGCAUCUUCAGCGACUGCACCAGUACAAGUGUAAUCCCUCAAUGAUGGGAUGGAGACAGGUGGUGCAAGCAUGUGUGUCCAUGAGAGAUAGAGACAGAGAGAGAGA